AUGGAGUGGAGACACGGGCUCUCUAGGCUGGUUCCGUCCGCAGAUGGCCUGUAUUUUCUCUACACUGAGAAUGGCGUCAUCUACCAGACCUUCUGUGACAUGACCUCUGGGGAUGGCGGCUGGACCCUAGUGGCCAGUGUGCACGAGAACCACAUUCCUGGGAAAUGCAUGGUAGGUGAUCGCUGGUCGAGUCAGCAGGGCAGCAUGGCAGACUGCCCAGAGAGGGACGGCAACUGGGCCAACACGUUUGGGUCUGUAGAGGCGUCCACCAGUGAUACAAGGUUGAACCCUGGUUACUAUGACAUCCAGGCCCAGGACCUGGGCAUGUGGCAUGUGCCCAACAAGCGCCCCCUGCAGCACUGGAGGAACAGCUCCCUGCUGAGGUACCGCACCAACACUAGCUUCUUCCCGAAUCUGGGACACAAUCUGUUUGGACUCUACCGGAAAUACCCAGUGAAGUACGGAUCAGGGAGCUGUCAGACUGACAAUGGCCCAGCUAUUCCUCUGGUCUAUGACUUUGGUGAUGCUGAGAAAACUGCAUCUUACUCCUCACCAGUUGGUCAGCGUGAGAGGCGCGGCUACCGCGAGCGGACUCCACCCUCCCGACCGCCUCCUCGCGCCCGGAGCCCAGGCCCGACCGGGAGCCAGCCUCCUGCCCUGCUGGCCGGUGCACUUCAUGCCGCAGACCAGGGACAGGCGCGGCAGCCGGAGAAUGCGAAGGGAGCGGUGAUACGGUAG